AUGAUAAGUAAUGCUAAUAAUAAAUCUGGUCAAAGCGAAACACUUGCUCAAUUAUAUGAAGUAUUUUUAUAUAAGAAAAAGGAUAUAAUAGCAAUUCAAGAAAAACUCAGUAUUAAUGACAAUGCAAAUAAUGCAACAAUGCACCAAAUCAAAACAGAGCACGAGCCCAAAGGAAAAACACUUGUUGAUUCAUAUAAGUUGUUAUUACAUUUGGCGGGGGAUUUAAUACUGAUACAGAAAAAUCUCGACAUUGGUGGCAACCCCAUUCUGGCAGUGGAAUAUAAUAAUGUGGCAAAUCAAAACAAUAGGGGCUCUUCCGAUUUAUCACUUUCGAAAUUAUUUAGUUUGCUUUUAUACUUGGAAGAGGAUAUAAACACAAUUCAGGAAGAACUUGGUAUUGUUGGUCAUACUAAUCAAGAAAUAGCAGAAGAAGCUGAUAAAAAUGCAAGAGUGUACCUCCAAAGGUUUGAGAAAUUCCACGGCCCCUUAGAAGAUGAUCUAGGUAUCCUAAUAAAGAAAUUUGCUGAUAUGGGGGUAAAGAAAUUUUGGUUUACUGGCAAGGGACUACCAUUAUUUCCGAAUGUUUCUCCUGAGCAAUUACAUGAAGUUUUCAUUAAAAAAUCAGCUAGCACUAAUCAGUGCUCAUGUCUAGAAUAA